AUUUCCCGCUGUUUGAUUCCAUCCCCAUCUGCCGAAUCCCGGCCUGGUCUGAUCGGAAUCGAAUUUCCAGGAUUUGAGUUAAAGCUUCAGCCUUUACUUUUAGCCAUGAAUGUCUCCUUGUUCCUCUUCAGCUUUCUCUGUUUCUUACUCGGUCUCUUCAGCCAGAGGGUAUCAUCACAAGAUCGCGCUAGCACCCCGCCCAGAGGUUGGAACUCGUAUGACUCGUUUAUCUGGACUAUUUCAGAGGAAGAGUUCUCCACAAAUGCCGAAAUCAUGGCAAAGCAGCUCCUUCCUCAUGGAUACGAGUAUGCUGUGGUGGAUUACCUAUGGUAUAGGAGAAAAGUUCCAGGCGCUUAUGUUGAUUCUCUUGGGUUUGAUGUGAUUGAUGAGUGGGGGAGGCCUAUACCUGAUCCAGUUAGGUGGCCUUCGUCGAGAGAUGGGAAGGGGUUCACUAAAGUGGCAGCAAAAGUACAUAGCCUCGGUUUGAAAUUUGGGAUUCAUGUCAUGAGAGGAAUAAGUACACAGGCAGUAAAUGCGAAUACCUUUAUCUUGGACACCAACACGGGCACUGCUUACAAAGAGGCUGGAAGAAAAUGGACUGCAAAAGAUAUAGGGAUUAAGGAGAGGACAUGCGCAUGGAUGCACAAUGGUUUCAUGAGUGUGAAUACCGACUUGGGCGCUGGAAAGGCCUUCUUGAGGUCACUCUAUAAACAGUAUGCUGAAUGGGGUGUUGAUUUUGUGAAAAAUGACUGCGUGUUUGGUGAAGACUUAGAUGUACCUGAAAUAACCUAUAUUUCAGAGAUUCUGAAGCAACUUGAGCGUCCUAUAUUGUAUUCUCUAUCUCCUGGAACCAGAGUAACACCUGAUAUGGCCAAGGCUAUAAGUGGGAUGGUCAACAUGUACCGUAUAACUGGGGAUGAUUGGGAUUCAUGGGGAGAUGUUCUAGCCCAUUUUGAUAUAACCAGGGAUUUUGCUGCUGCCGAUAUGAUAGGAGCCAAAGGCUUGCUGGGGAAGUCAUGGCCUGACUUAGAUAUGCUCCCAUUGGGAUGGCUUAGCGAUCCAGGUUCAAAUCACGGUCCUCACAGGUGGACUAAUCUCGGUUUGGGGGAGCAAAGAACACAGAUGACUUUGUGGUCUAUUGCCAGGUCUCCUCUCAUGUUUGGAGGAGAUUUGAGAAAACUUCCAGAUGAAUUAAUGAGAAUCAUCACAAAUGACGUCGUGCUGGAGAUAGAUUCUUUUAGCUCAAAUAAUAGGGAGUUUUCAUACAUUACCAGUAAUGUGAAUGCAAGGGCCGUUAAGAAUGAUGAUCAGUUUCACACCUGGCAAUCGAGAAGACAUCUGACAAAUGCAAAAACUGCAAAUACACAUGCUUUUGGUCUGACUACCUGUGCAGAUGCAAAAGCGAUUGGUUGGUCCACUCAGUCUCUUGACCAAGAUCUUGAACACAUCUGCUGGACGGAAAACUCAAGGAGAAAACAUCAGGCACCUUUUUGCUUAAACAAGAGAGAUUCGCUCUUGACAAUAGAUGAAGACAUAACGGACAAACAUCAAUAUCAGGGGAAGGUCAAUUUAUUAGCAAGUGAUGGAAAGGAUCUUUGCUUGCAUGCUUCUCCUAAACAAAAGGUUACUUCGAAGGACGUUAAGAGAGGUUUCUUUUCACCUUGUAGAUGGGAUGCGAACCAGAUGUGGGAGUUAAACCCCAACGGAACCUUGGUGAAUAGUUAUUCUGGCCUCUGUGCAAGAAUUGAUCCUUUUGAAGGUAAUAAAUUAAAACCUAAGGCCAUUAACAAUGUUGCCCGCUCUUGGAUUGCAACUGGAAGAAAAGGAGAAAUAUACGUAGCGUUUUUCAAUUUGCUCGGUAAAUUGGCUACUAUAACCGCAGAAAGAGCAGACUUAGCCAGAGAACUUCCAAUGACAAAAUUGGUCAGAGGUUCCUGCGAAGGAUCGGAAGUAUGGACGGGACGGUACUUAGGGGUAAUAGGCAACUCAAUUUCGUUUUCGGUUAUACCACACGGGGUUGCACUGAUUGUCCUGCACUGUAGUUAGGUGCAUUUUUUGGGUGUAGUUUUGCUUCUUGUCCUUCCUUUUCUUUCUUUUUCUACAAGCAAAAGGGGAAGAAACAAGCAAAAGGGGAGAAGGGAGUGGCACAUGCUGUAAUAUCUGUGGUAUGUAGGCCCCAUCAUGGAAGGCAAAGCCCGGGCAAUAAUAUAAGUCCGAUUUUACGAGUCAUUAUUGGGUUUAGUCCACUUAGUUGGAUUAGGUCCAUUUCCUGAUUAUUCACAUAAAGUUUUUUAUUAUCUUUUUAUUAAAUUGUGAUAAAUAUUAUCCUUUAUUUAUAUGAUUUUCUUUGUCCCAA